AUUCAGCAACAUGGAUCAGGUGUGAGUUCAAAGAGGAGGGAGACCUUCCCUCUAAACCACUUCUGUGUGGGAGAUGAAGAUGAGAGCCAGAGCAAAGGUCAAAGCCUCAAACCAGAACCCAGCUGUGUGUCCUUCAAGAGUGAUGGGUCAAAGGAAGACUUCAUUAACUUUAAAUCUCCUGGACCUCCACCAUCUGAGAGAGUGGACCUGCAGAGCUCAGAAGUUCCCAGCCAGCAGCACCAAACACAGCUGGACUCCAUAUUUAUGCUGCUGGAGGACAAAAUUGUCGUGUUUGUGAAGAAUGAACUGAAGAAGAUCAAGAAUGUUUUGAUUCAAGAUGACCCAGAGAGUCAAAUAGAUGAGGAGGAGGAGGUGGAAGGUGAGGAUGACGAGCAGAGGAAGAGCAGCAGAGAGGCAGUGAUAGAGAUCACGCUGAACUUCCUGAGGAUGAUGAAGCAGGAGGAGCUGGCUGACCGUCUGCAAAGAAAAACAAUUCCUGCACCUUGUCAACUUAAAUCUAGUCUGCAGAAGAAGUUCCAGUGUGUGUUUGAGGGAAUUGCUAAAGCAGGAAGUCCAACCCUUCUGAACCAGAUCUACACAGAGCUCUACAUCACAGAGGGAGGAACUGGAGAGGUCAAUGAUGAACAUGAGAUCAGACAGAUUGAAACAGCAUCCAGGAAACCACACAGAGCAGAAACAACAAUCAGACAAGAAGACAUCUUUAAAGUCCCACCUGGAAGAGAUCAACCAAUCAGAACAGUGAUGACAAAGGGAGUGGCUGGCAUUGGGAAAACAGUCUUAACACAGAAGUUCACUCUGGACUGGGCUGAAGACAAAGCCCACCAGAACAUCCAGUUCAUAUUUCCAUUCACUUUCAGAGAACUGAAUGUACUGAAAGAGAAAAAGUUCAGCUUGGUGGAAUUUGUUCAUCACUUCUUUACUGAAACCAAAGAAAUCUGCAGCUUUGAAAACUUCCAGGUUCUGUUCAUCUUUGAUGGCUUGGAUGAGAGUCGACUUCCUCUGGACUUCCACAACAAGGAGAUCCUGACUGAUGUUACAGAGUCCACCUCAGUGGAUGUUCUGCUGACAAACCUCAUCAGGGGGAAACUGCUUCCCUCUGCUCUCCUCUGGAUAACCACACGACCUGCAGCAGCCAAUCAGAUCCCUUCUGAGUAUGUUGGCAUGGUGACAGAGAUCAGAGGGUUCAGUGACCCACAGAAGGAGGAGUACUUCAAGAAGAGAUUCAGAGAUGAGGAACAGGCCAGCAGGAUCAUCUCCCACAUGAAGACAUCACGAAGCCUCCACAUCAUGUGCCACAUCCCAAUCUUCUGCUGGAUCACUUCUACAGUUCUGGAGGAUGUGUUGGAGAGCAGUGAGGGUGGAGAGUUGCCCAACACCCUGACUGAGAUGUACAUCCACUUCCUGGUGGUUCAGACCAAACUGAAGAAGGUGAAGUAUGAUGAAGGAGCUGAAACAGAUCCACACUGGAGUCCAGAGAGCAGAAAGAUGAUUGAGUCUCUCGGAAAACUGGCUUUUGAUCAGCUGCAGAAAGGAAACCUGAUCUUCUAUGAAUCAGACCUGGCAGAGUGUGGCAUUGAUAUCAGAACAGCCUCAGUGUACUCAGGAGUGUUCACACAGAUCUUUAAAGAGGAAAGAGGGAUGUACCAGGACAAGGUGUUCUGCUUCGUCCAUUUGAGUGUUCAGGAGUUUCUGGCUGCUCUUCAUGUUCAUCUGACCUUCAACAACUCUGGGGUCAACCUGAUGGAAGAAACACAAACAUCUACAAUAUCUUUGAAAUUUAAGAUUUUAGAAACAAAGUCCCUCCAUCAGAGAGCUGUUGACCAGGCCUUGCAAAGUCCAAAUGGACACCUGGACUUAUUCCUACGCUUCCUCUUGGGACUUUCACUGCAGACCAACCAGAGACUCCUACAAGGUCUGCUGACACAGGCAGGAAGUAGCUCACAGACCAAUCAGGAAACAGUUCAGUACAUCAAGGAGAAGAUCAGUGAGAAUGUGUCUGCAGAGAAAAGCAUCAAUCUGUUCCACUGUCUGAAUGAACUGAAUGAUCGUUCUCUAGUGGAGGAGAUCCAACAGUCUCUGAGGUCAGGAAGUCUCUCCACAGAUGAAAUGUCUCCUGCUCAGUGGUCAGCUCUGGGUUUCAUCUUGGUGUCCUCAGGAGAAGAUUUGGAUGUGUUUGAUCUGAAGAAAUACUCUGUUUCAGAGGAGGUUCUUCUGAGACUGCUGCCAGUGGUUAAAGCCUCCAACAAAGCUCAACUGAGUGGCUGUAACCUUUCAGAGAGAAGCUGUGAAGCUCUGUCCUCAGUUCUCAGCUCCCAGUCCUCCAGUCUCAGAGAACUGGACCUGAGUAACAACAACCUGAAGGAUUCAGGAGUGAAGCUUUUAUCUGCUGGACAGAAGAGUCCAAACUGCAAACUAGAAACUCUCAGCUUGUCAGGCUGCCUGAUCUCAGAGGAAGGCUGUGCUUCUCUGGCCUCUGCUCUGACCUCCAACCCCUCCCAUCUGAAAGAGUUGGACCUGAGCUACAAUCAUCCAGGAGACUCAGGAGUGAAGCUGCUGUCAGCUGGACUGAAGGAUCCACAGUGGAAACUGGACGCUCUCAGGGUGGAGCCUGCUGGAGUCCAAUGGUUGACACCUGGUCUGAGGAAGUAUUCCUGUGAACUCACCAUUGACACAAACACAGUGAACAACAGCCUCAAACUGUCUGAAGACAACAGGGAGGUGACACGUUUGAAGGAGUUUCAGUCAUAUCCUGAUCAUCCAGACAGAUUUGAUCCUGCUCAAUUGCUGUGUAGAACUGGUCUGACUGGUCGAUGUUACUGGGAAGUUGAGUGGAGAGGAAAUGUUGACAUAUCAGUGAGUUACAGAAGAAUCAAGAGGAAAAGAGACUGUUGGUUUGGAUGGAAUGAUCAGUCUUGGUGUCUGAGAUGCUUUAAAGGUGGUUAUACUGCCUGCCACAAUAACAAUUCAACAAACAUUCCCCCCUCCUCUUCCUCUAUCUCUAACAGAGUAGCAGUGUAUUUGGACUGGCCUGCUGGCAUUCUGUCCUUCUACAGUGUUUCCUCUGACUCACUGACCCACCUCCACACCUUCAACACCACAUUCACUGAACCUCUGUAUCCUGGAUUUUGGUUCAGGGUUUAUUCCUCAGUGUUUCUGUGCUGAGUUGAGUCUAAAGAGUCU